UAAUCUAUCGACAUUUUCUUUUUAAGUCUUCUGCUACUGAAAGUGAAGUUCUAACUAAAGGUUUCUAUUAAUUUGACGAGCAGUUGUAUUAACACUAAACAAUGGCCGGUAAUGCGAGAAGUGUGCCGCUUUUGCGUGACAUUGCAAGACGCAGCUAUGCAGCACAGGCCGCCACGGCCGCAGCUCCCGUCUCCCCUCGAAGGGACGUCCAGGUGGAGACCACGGUUCUGCCCAGCAAGCUGGUCGUCGCAUCCGUCGACAACAACUCCCCCGUCGCGCGAGUCUCCGUCGCCUUCAAGGGCGGCUGCCGCUACGAGACGGUCCACAACCUGGGGGCGGCACACAUGCUUCGCAUCGCUGGCGGCCUCACCAAUAGGAACUCCUCGUACUUUGGCCUGACCCGCAACCUGCAGCAGAUCGGGGCGAGCCUCGGGACCAGCGGGGACCGGGAGACUGUGGUGUACACCGUCGAGGGCACCCGGGACAACGUGGAAGUGGCGCUCCAGUACCUCGCAGACGCCGCCACCAAGCAGGUGUUCAAGCCGUGGGAGCUGUCGGAUAGCCUGCCGCGUCUGCGCUACGAGCUGGCUACCAUCCCCGUUGAGGCCAGGACCCUGGAUCUGCUGCACAAGGCCGCCUUCCGCACCGGCCUGGGCAACACCCUCUUCUGUCCGAAGCCUCUGGUCGGCAAGCACAGCUCCGAGACCCUGCAGCACUACACGAGAAGCCUGCUGACGGCGGGGCGCACCGCUGUGGCGGCUGUGGGGCUCCCCCACGGGCAGCUGGUGGCCUUCGCCCAGAACCUGGGGCUGGACGACGGGGCGGGCCCCGCCAGCCCGACCCGCUACUUCGGGGGCGAGAUCCGCAAGGAGAAGCUGUCGGACAUGGCGCAUGUCGCUGUGGCCGCAGAGGGUGCCAGCCUGGCCAACCAGAAGGAGGCGCUGGCCUUCGCGGUGCUGCGCUACGCCCUGGGAGCCGGCCCCGCCACCAAGUGGGGGUCCAGCGUGUCGCCGCUGUACAAGGCAGCGGCCGGGGCUUCGGGGUCCGAGUCGUUCGCCGUCUCCGCCCUCAACGUGAGCUACAGCGACGCGGGGCUGUUCGGGUUCGUGGCCUCCGCGCCGGCCGAGGUCGCCGGGAAGGUGGUGGAGGCGGCGCUGAAGCAGCUGCGCGCCGGCCAGGCGGCGGACGCUGACGUCGCUCGGGGCAAGGCGCAGCUGAAGGCAGAGCUGCUGUACGCGCUGGAGAGCGGCCACGGUCUGCUGGAGGACCUGGUGUCCCAGGCGCUGCUGCUGGGGGCCGUGUCUGGCCCCGCCCAGCUGGCCGCCGCCGUGGACGCCGUGUCCUCGGCCGACGUCGCCGCCGUGAGCUUCUCCCCUUCCACCCUCGUCAUCCCGUCCAUUUCCUUCUCGCGACUUGGUAGGGAACUGUCCCAGCAUUUGCCUCGCGUGAAUUUCGGGAAGCCGUGAGAUUCUGAAAUCUAGGUGACCAGACCAAAAUGGAAUCAGUGUCUUUAAGAAUGGCAGUCGGUGUCUUGGCACUACGCCACCUUGCUUCGUACACAUGUAAAAGGACAACCACGUACAGUAGUGUUUGUAUUGGCAUACUCUGAGGUAUACUAGCUUACCACUCUGACGUCUACGUCUUGUUGAGUGUGCAUUGUGGAGACUACUCGCUUCCCGAGUGAGUAACAACUCUUGACACGCCGCUGGGUUGCAUCUACUUGCUUCAACACCUGGUUGAACUUUAUUGAAGUGUUGUAAACCAACCCGUAAUCCAAGCUAUGCUUUCCCACAAAUGGGAUAUCCUAAAAUUUAAAAAGUUUGCAAACUAUAAACAAAGUUGACGAAGGUGUAAAAUGAGAAAAUGAGGUUAGCUGAAUUCAAGUAGAAUUACUAUUUAUUUUUAAUUUCAAAAUCAACUAGAACGUGAAAUAAUUACAUACAUUACAAAGUGGUAAUGAGAUGACAUAAUAAUAGGUCCAUCUGAGAUCUGAAGCUAUAUAAAAUACCAGCUAAAUACAUGUACUUCAUAUAAAAGGAAUCACUAAAAUAGUACAAGCCAAAAUACUAAAAUUGACAUUAAAAAGCAAAUAAUUUUGUCUAUUACAAUAUAGUUUUAAUAAAAUUAAUAUUUAGUUUAGGGCUUAUAUAAAAACCUAAUUAUUAUGUGCUAAAAAGAAAAUGUAGUCUGUGUAUAGUUUUUACAAUGUAAAGCAUAGCAGUCUAUAGCUACAUUAAUGAUUAAGUACUACAGGGAAACAUCACAAAGAAAUGUAUACAAGUUAAAUGAUUUUAGGUUUAGAAUAUUGAAUGUUAUUGUUGCAAUUUUUUUGUUUGACUUGUUAAUUGUUGUACUGUGGUUUUAUUUACUGACUUUAAGGGUAUUAACAUGAAUUGUUAAAGCUGUUGAUAACAUUUAUUGCGCUUGAAGUGUACUUUUUAUUGCAUGUGAUUUUAAUUUUUAAUGAUGAUAAAGACAAAAUACUCAAUUUUUGACAUUCAUAAUUUGAUUUUUUGUAACACCAUAAAAUCUAGGCUCUAGCCAUGAGGGUUACUGUUAGCUCAUUCAUAAAAAAACAAUUACUACCACAUGUGAUGUACUAACAGUAGUUUUAGACUUGCAACCAUCACUUGAGGGCAAGCGUUGUACUUGUGUUGCAGGCGGCCAAGAAGGUGUCCCAGGGAAAGCUGUCUCUCGCUGCGUUCGGACAACUGCACACCGUGCCGUACCUUGACCAGCUCUAAGCAUCGCUACGUGCUAGUCGUCGUCGCCAGUGUACAUAUUAUAUGUAUUUAUGACUGUUUUUAACAUACCAAUAAAAGUCUUUCCAGCACCA